CCCAGGGCAAAAAGCACGCCGGCGGAGUCAAGGACAGCAACCACACCGUCCUGACAUUUUCCAUCGUCGUUCUGAUUCUGGCAUUGAAUAUGGCUUCUAAUGGGAAUACUCCAACUCUUCCAGAUGAGGUGAACAAACCUCCAGAGGGUGUGGUCCUGCCACCUAAAGACAUUCGAGCUAUUGUGGAAAAAACUGCGGGCUAUGUUGCUCGGAACGGAUUUGUUUUCGAAGAGCGUGUGCGCGAAAAAGAGAAAAACAACCCGAAAUUCUCCUUUCUGAACCCCGGGGAUGCUUAUGCGAGCUUCUACCAGUGGCGGCUGAACGAGAUCAAAGAAGGAAGAGGGACUGCAGUAGCAGCAGAAGCCCAAGGGGCCCGCAGAGCCCCGGGAUUUCACUUUUCGGCUCGGAUGCCUAUAAUCAACGCGCAGGAUCUGGAGGUUGUUAAACUUACGGCGCUCUAUGUUGCUAAGAGGGGCAAGUCUUUUAUGACCGCUCUGUCGCAGCGCGAAGCGAGAAACUUUCAGUUCGAUUUUCUUCGCCCGCAGCACAGUCUCUAUCAAUUUUUCACUCGAUUGGUCGACCAAUAUACCAUCCUCUUAAGAGCAGAAGGAAUCGACGAGUCCACGUCAGAAAGGCGCAGAAUCGCCGAACUAGAAAACAAUGUGAAGAACAAAUUCCACAUCUUGGAGCGGGCGAAACAGCGCGCCGAGUGGGUGAAGUACCAAGAGCAACAGAAACAGAAGAAGGAAGAGGAGGAGGAACAGGAACGGAUAGCUUAUGCACAGAUCGACUGGCAUGACUUCGUGGUGGUCGAAACUGUCCUCUUCACUGAAGCGGACGAUCAGACCGACCUACCCCCACCUACAUCUCUCAACGAUCUACAAUCCGCCUCCCUGGAACAAAAAGCUAUGAUGUCGCUAAACCCACUGCGGAUCGAAGAAGCCAUGCCAACAGACCAGGAAGCCCAAGUCUACUACAACGCCUAUCCUCCAGCACAACCCGAGCCGGUGGCACAACCUGCCCCUCCGUCAGUUUCACCAUAUCCUCCUCAAGCACCGGUACCGCAACCCUAUCCUAUGGCCUCCGCCGCCGCGCAGGAAGAAGAGCAACGGAUUCGGGAGCGGAUGGAGGCCCGAGAACAGGCCGCCGCCGCACAAGCAGCUGCCAAAGCGGCCCCUGGACAGCAACCGAUGCGUAUCCGCUCCGACUACGUACCGCGCGCACAAGCGCGCCGUCUCAAUCCUUCCGGCGCCACUGCACUCUGUCCCAACUGUCACCAGCAGAUUCCUGUGGCUGAACUCGACCAGCACAUGCGUAUCGAACUGCUGGACCCCCGGUGGAAGGAGCAGCGCGCCAAAGCCGAGUCGCGGAGCGCCACCACGAAUCUGUCGACCGCCGAUGUGGUCAAUAAUCUGAAACGGCUGGCAAGCCAGCGAAGCGACGUAUUCGAUUCAUCACUCACCGCAGGCCUCGAUCCUGAGGAGGAAGCAAGGAAGAAAAGAAUGGCCUACGAGAAUCCCCCUGGAGCGGGCCCCACACCGCCGAUGGUUGGUCCUGCAGGGGGCCCGCCCAACCCUCAGAGUCUGAAUAUCGAGGAGCAGAUUCGACAAAUUCACGAACGUUACAAGCAAGGUUAG